AUGAAGAUCUCCUCUGUGGUCUUCGCUCUCCUGACUCGAGCACUGCUUGGAGAUUUGUGUUUGGCCAUUAACGUCACCAUCACCCCGUACCCCUUCACGGUGGCCCAGGAGGGUCAAAACAUCACACUCUCCUGUGUCGUGUCCCAGCGGCGCCGCAACACCGCUUUACCGGUGGUGAAAUGGACCUUCCUGCCCGAGGGCACGGACCGGCCGGAGGACGAACUCCUCAUCGCACGCGUCAACAUGAGGAAGGCCCGUUUCUACGGCAACUACACAAAGAGUUUCCCGUGGCCCAAACUGAAGCUGACGGUGGUGAAGCAGGGGAAGAUGUUUGAUCUGGUGAUCUUGAAUGUGUCGGAGGGGGACCGGGGGCUCUACAUGUGCCGGGUGCAGGAGUUUAAAAAGCACCAGGACCGCUGGAAGGCCGCGUCAAACUGCACCGCCGCUACCGAGCUCAGAGUGCAUGUCCUACCAGCCACCAAGGCAAAAGAAAGCCUGUGGAGCUUGUUUGAAGAUGUGUACUUGUGUGCGGUGCUGAUCUGCUCAGUUGGUUUGCUGUGUAUGUGCAUGUUCACGGUGACAGUAACCUGCCAGUACAUACAGAGGAAGCAGAGGUUAAAAGAUAACUACCUCUUGGUGAAAAGCCCUCAGAACAGCUCAGGAGAGACCGUCACCAGUGUGGUCAAUGUGUCUCCUGCUCUGCCUAAGAAGGAGAGGAGGUACAGGAAGAAAAGGAGCAGAGACUACCAAGAGGAAAUACCACCAGAGAUACCAGCAAAGGCUCCCAUUGGAGACAACACACGGAAACCCAAACUUUUAAAACCACAACCACGGAAAGUAGUGUUGCCGAAGAUAGUGGAGGAGAAUCUGACCUACGCGGAGCUGGAUCUCGUGAAGCCGAUCCCGGAACCCAAGGCGUCGUGUAGCGGCACCGUGUACGCUCAGAUACUGUUUGGGGAGCAGCAGCUAUGAGAAAAAGCCACACACCACUAGUAACUGUGCCUUAUGUAAAAAGUACUGUCUAUUUAUCGUCUGUAUUUUGGUUUUUGAAGGGCAAAAUGUGUAAUGUCUCACGAUAAUGACACAAUUUGUACAUAUGAUUUCCUUCCUUUCUGAGUCCAAGAUGCAAAGGGAAAUGUUUUGUAUACUGGAAUAUUUCAUGUAGAAUGUUUCUUUUGCAUCCAUGUUUGAAUCCUGUGUAGCUUAAACUAGGAGCACAAUAGAAGACCGGCGCUGAUUUAGACCAGAUUUGUGCAUCGUGACAAUCGGUAAAGUUUAUUUCAGUGUGAACAGACUGCUGGUGAUUGGAUACGUAAUCAUUAAUUUAGUAGGCUGUAUGCCGUAUAUACUGAAUGAGUAUGCAGUAAGCAGAUUUAUGAAGGAGAGACAAAGUAAGUUUAAGACAUCCGUUGUGGUGACCGAUGUGAACCAAUCCCUUGUCUGAAUGUGAUUUACUUCUAGUGUGUUCCCAGCAUUAUCUGCCUCUAAACAUCUGUGUCCAGUGUGUUUCUGUGUCAGAUUGCUGUUUAUAAUGACCUCAACUCCACAGAGUUGAUAUUAAAGUAGUGAUUAGCCUCCCGACCUUCCCCCAUAGGCAAGUACGUGAGACCAUGCGAGUCCUUUCAUCGGGUGCCAACAUCAACUUAACAGGCCGUUAGCGACACACACAUGAGCGUAUAGUUAUGUGUAGGCUAAACACCCUUGUAGACUUACUCACACUAAGGCACAUAUUAUGAAUCCAAAAGGCUGCAAACAACCAGAUCGACAAACAGGGACACUUAAGAAACUGUGUUUGGACUUUUUCACGUUAAAGUUUAAUUUAAAUCUUGAGGUAAUUGUGUUGUUUGAGAUGAGAUAAGAGCUAGAAGCCGGCAGUAGUCCCACAUACCUUUUGUACGGUCCUUUUGCUUGCUUACUUUCCGUGAAUCUGAGUGUGAAAGUGCUUAGGCGUCUUUUUCCAUUUAAUGAUCCUCUGGAUUCAGGCAUGGAAAAGCAAAGGAGAGCUUUUUGAACAGUGAACUUGAAACCCAGACACAAAGGCACCGGAUCCCUCCCUUCCCCCAAGACUUCCACUAUCUUAUGUGGAAUUAUGGAGCCCUUCACAAAUACAAGUUCCUUUCCGCUGCGUGCCUGCUGAAGUCCAUGAUUUGUCCCCUUUUCGCCAAACGUUACCUAAAACACUACUUAUCUGUCAACAGGUAGUAAGAGAGUAUUUAGUCACUUGAGCAAAAUUAUUGGACUCUUCUGUAAAACAUUUAAGAAUGAACUUAUAUGUGGUAUUUUGAGUUAUGUAGGCAAUUAUGUAACGACUACGUUUAGCUAGCUGGGGACUGCCCAUUUGUCCGACAUCUAUUAUUCCAAUAACCCAAUAGUCCUAAAAGAUGUCCCAUUGGACCUAAAACCCAAGUGUCCAGAAUGUCAUGUCCCAGUGCCCCGAAAAGACAAUCUCUCCCUGCAACAAACAGAAGCACAUGAGUUUUUAUGCAGAAUGACGUCAUUGGACCGUCCCAAUUUUCUCCACUAUGGCGAAGUCAUGCCCCGCCCUUCUCUGCCCUUGAUUGGCUAGAACUAAAUGCCUCCGUUGGUUUGAGUGCAUUUUUGGAAUAAUGGGCGUUUGUUUUGGGCUGUGGGACAAAUAGGUUUUAAGUCCAAUGGGACAUUUUUUCGGACUGGAAUGAUGGGCCAUCGGAAGAAUGGCCGGCACCAACUAACUAACAGCUGAUAUUUAUUGAAUUGUUGUGAUGAAAGAAUCAGUCUACAGUCACGAAAAGAUGGAAGUUAUCAAUGUCUGUGAAAUUAUCAAGAAAGUUGUUGUACCAUUCAUCAGCAGAAGCACAAAAGCUGAUUUCCAAUAUGGCUGCCAGCCUGAGUACACCAACAAAUACAGCACAUGACAGAUUUCUAGCCAUCACUGCAAAUGUAUAACUCAUUUUUACUGCAAGCUGGUGGUUGUGGACUUUGACAUUCUCUGUUCGCCUGCCUUUACAUUACAUUGCAAUUUAGACCACUAACAACCUCCAUUUGUCACCAUUCCAAUUCUCCAUUGUUUUUCUCUUAUGCAUAUUUCAGUUGCACAGUGUGUGUUAUAUAUGAAAUGACUCAAAGGGACCUUUCAGUGGCGGGCACAAGUGUCUUAAAAAUGCCCUUAGACUGUGAAAUGUAAAGUUUCUUCCAGAUCACAUUGUCCUUAAUGGGAGUCCACAAACUAGAACCAUGUGUGUGAAUCUCCCUCUCCACCACUGCCUUCAUCAACAUCCCAGCAUUUCUUUUCUUAAUUGUUUUUGUACAUUGUAUCUGUAAAGUCUGUAUCAGUAAGUCAAAUAAAUAUAAAAAUGGAUGUGAGCA